AUGCUCAUGGAACAUAGCCGCAUCCAAAAAGCUCGCAUAAAUGCGCAUGAUGCCUUGGCAGAGGCUUUAGAGCUAUCGUUUGAAACUCUGAAGUCCCGGUUGACGCAACAUAGCGAUUUGGACCAGGACAUCAAACUGUCUCAUCUUCCUGAUCAUCUACAAUUUCUUACUUCUCUCUCGUCGUCACACUUGCCUUCUACCCUAGAAUAUGCAGAGACUUAUCUUGACAAGACAAAGAAUCCGCAGAAGUCACCACCCACGCUAACAUGGAAGGAGAUCCUGGCUGAGGAACCUUUUGAAGGGCAGCACUGGGAAGGUGCUUAUGGACUACUUCCCGGAAGCACCGUCGAGGACUGGGAGACCCGGAGUGGGGGCAGUACACCUUCACUCUCUCCUCUAGAUGAUUCCGAUGAUUUUGAAGAAGCAUCCCUGUCCUCUCUUGAAUACGAAGAACCUUCUCCAAUACACCAAGGCAACCUAAGCACGAGCCCAAAAUAUAAGCAAUCUCCUCACCAUACUCAUCUCCAUCGUCAAGAUAUAGAACAGUUACAGUCCCGGCAAUAUUGGCGGGAAGGUUGGCAGACGGACGUAGAUCUUACUCGGCCCUUCAACAUUGGGGACGCAUCGACGUUAGGUAAGUCAUUUCAUAAAAAAUAUAUUGAUGAACACAACGCUGUUCGUGAAAUGCUCAUGUGCUUGCAAGGGCGGGCUAAUAUAAUGAUAAACUAUGACGAACAGUCCCUAUCUCUCAUCCCAUCCCCUACAGCUCCCCGACUGGCUCAUUUGACUCUGACAUCGCAAACCUCUUUACUAAGCUCAUUCGCACAGACCGCCACCGUACUAGACCAUCUCCGUAGAUUUACCUCGGCUGUUUUUAUCUCGGUAUCUAAGGUUCCCGAUAUGACACCCCAACCAUCCCACCUCCUACUUCACAACCAUAAGACACGCACCCUCGAGGCCUUCGCCGAUGCAAUCCAUUCCGAGAUACGCUCAUUUGAGCUUUGGUGUGCCGAUCAAGAGGAAGAGAUAUGUCGUGCACAAAUAGGGCUAGGCUCAUCUCUAGUAGUUAGCCUCCUCAGUCUCGAGAAGCGCAUUCAAGGUCAAUUUUCAGGGAUAUUUAGGGCUAUCCUCGAUGUCCUACAGACCGUCCUAUGCCGUGCUACACAAUCGUCUGAUUCGAGCGCGGUAUGGACUCUACCAGAUGUUCACAGCCGCAUACCCCCAGCUACAGUAACAGCAUUUUUGCUUGACCGCCUCUUCAACGCCGCCCAGGAACAGUCAUCUAUGGGUGAGCAAGUCACUGCAGAUGCCCUGAUACGUGUUUUUUCGGGGACCGUAGAACCUAUAUGGGCUAUAGUCGGCCGGUGGCUCAGAGAAGGUAUGCCAGUGCGGGACUCGGCAGGGCAGCAAGACCACCAGAUAACGCUCGAGAAUGAGUUCUUUAUAGAAGAUAACGAAAUGGCACUCGUCGACCCCGAUUUUUGGACAGAUGGUUUUACGUUACGGAGUGGUUCUUCGUCCGAGAAGGACACAAUGACUCAAUUGCAGAUGACACCGGCCUUCCUGGCCCACAUAUCCGAGCCAAUCCUGAGUGCUGGGAAGGCUGUCGGGCUGCUCCGUACUCUGGGUAUUUCUGUUUCCCCUGAACAAGGCAAUGACCAGGUUAAGAAGCUCCGAUGGUACUCGUUUCAGUCUUUGCUUUCUCGAAAAACGACAGCUCCCGUUUCCACGGACACCCUGUCUCUCGUCGUCUAUGAUGAACUGUUGCCAUAUUGCGAGGCAAUGGGAACACAGUUAAUGAAUGUAUUGACUGAAGAUUGCGACCUUUCACGGUAUCUCUCAUCUAUAGAGAACUUGUAUCUGAUGAAGCAAGGAGACGUAAUGAGUCACUUCACAGACGUCUUGUUUGCUAAAAUGGAUAGUUCUCAACCGUGGAAUGAUUUCCAUUUUCUGAACAGUGCCUUUGCUGACAUUGUCGACGCCAAUGCGACUAACUGGAUAGAGCCCUCCCUUGUCCGAAUAUCCUACCGAGGCAGCAAAGCGCGCAUGAUCAACAAAACUGUGAAAGCUAUAGAUGGUCUCCUGGUAGAAUACGCUGUUCCGUUUCCCCUCACAUACAUCUUCACCCCACGGAUCCUGCAAAUAUAUGGCUCUAUAUUUGUGUUCCUCCUUCAGAUUCGUAGGGCAAAAAAUGUGCUUGAAAGAAUCCUCGUUCGCGGCGCUAUAGCCAACGUCCCGCACUUGCGCACCGAGCUCAAGGCUUUCUAUGCUAUGAGGGGCAAAUUGUCGUGGUUUGUCAUCCACACGCAAAUCCUCAAUUUUCGCAAAGGGUUUGAAAAAGCCCAAUCUCUGGGCGAGAUGAUCAAGCUGCACGAAGAACACCUCGAAAGGAUACAAGGCCGCUGUCUUCUCCAAAAUAACACAUCUGCCAUCUACCGGGCUAUCCUAUCUAUACUUGACAUGUGCCUCUACUUCAGCGAGUUCUUUGUUUCGUUUGCAGGGGACACGACGCACGACAUAUCGCGUCUGUCGAUUAGUAUGAAACGCCACCGUAGCAGACGCCAACGUCGCCAAAGAAAAAACGUCAUUGGCUUCUCACAGCCAUCACAGGAGUCUGAAGAUAGUUCCGACAAUGAAUCCGAUAACGACGAGAAGUUCACAGAAUCUGCACCUGAGCCGUCGUUUUCUAUGGCUACAUCAACCAUGUCAUUUGCUGAAGAGGAAUUUUCGAGUCGGCUAGAGAAACUGUCAUCAGAACUUGACGGUUUGGUUCGUUUCAUCCGCAGAGGAGCGGAAAGUUUUGCUGGAGGGACGGGGCAAGCGGCACCUGCAUUUGGCGUUCUUGCCUUCGCUUUAGAAGACUGGGAUUCGUAACCUAUGAUCAGAUAAAAGUGCAAGAGAUACAAGAGAUGGGCGAUGCUGAAAGACACAGAUACUGUACAUGAUACUAAAACAUUCUAUGAAAAGGCAGGGUAUGGUGAGAUACGGGUAAGAUGUGACUACAGACGAGUGGUUGGCGAAACAUAUGUCAAUCCAUUAUGGCAGCAGCCCCUCUUCGGUCCACGCGACGGUUGAUACCCCCAAGCAAGAUUUUCAUCAAUAUCUCAGCGCUUAUGGAACCACCUGUGUAGGGUGUAGUGUCCACGAUGUCCCGAAUACCAUAAUGAGCUGACAGGCCAUCAUCAAGCUCCUUCAAGAACUCGGUCGCUCUUCUCGAUGCCCCUAUCUGGACAAACUGAAUUCCGACCUGAGAGAGCAAUAGUUAGCUGGCUAGGCAUCACUUAGCAAGAGGAGUAAUGUGACUUGUGAAAGGGGAAAGUUUUGGUUAUCCAACCGUCUCGCUGCAGCCACUAUGACGCUUUCGGGAUCAUCAGUUGGUACUCCAUCAGUUAUUAUGAUAUAAUUGACUGGUUUGAUUUGCGUCAGAGCAAAGACAUCUCCCGCAUCAUGCCUUGCUUUGGCUUUCUCCAACUCCGCCAUAUAUUCCAACAAUAACUCCUCAAGCCUUGCACCAAUUGGAGUUGUCCCUUUUGGUUUUACAUGGUCGAACAAUCUCUUAACAGCUGCGG